ACUCAGCUGUUGACUGUUUAUAUUCGAUGUCUUACCAUCUCCCAAUCUUUCUGGGACCUGGAGAACAGCAGGCUGAAUCUUUUAGAAAGGGUACAAUACAAACAUGUCAUUGGAAUUUCAAAAAUGAUGUUUUAAAUUUGACAAGGCAAAAGCUAUACGGCAUGAAUCAUUUUCUUACCCAUCCAUUUCGUCCAACUUCAAGACAAGAUUAACGUGCCUUCGCGCCUUACGAAAAUAUUAUUAAUAUUUAAAUAAAUAAUAACUAACCCCAUUGCCAUUGGUUAUAAUUUUAAUACAGAAUCUCAUUAAGAGAGUUGUUACACCCUAAAGCAGUGGUCCCCAAACCAUCAAAUGGUACCGGGCCGCCCAAGAAACAUUAAACUAUUUUCAUAGUAUAAGUAUAAGCUUACCAGAUUUUCUGGAUGUUAAGUAGGGAUACAAAAGGCUCACAGUCAGCAACCCCAACCAGACAGGCCGGGGUGGGGGGGGGGUGGGGGGGGGGGGUUUGUGCUUGAUUAUUAUUUUUUUUGUGAUGGGGACACUCCCUACCCCCCAAACUUGUACGUACACGUAGCUUUUAGCCCCCAUCCCUAUGAAAAAAACAAAGACGACAUCAAACAAUUUAAUGGGUAAUUGUGAAGUCACGGGAUAAUUUUUUUUUUUUAAAUGAGUAUACAGCCGUCAAUUUGGCCAGCCCAGUGAUCCCCAUAUUAUGCGUCACUCUAGGUGCCAUGUUGCCCUCAGGCAGAGCCAUUGAAACGGGGGAAAAGAUGGCAGUCACAGUGGGAACCAAAUUAAAAAUGAAAACAAUCCAAAAUAUAAACAAUCAACACCCCCCAACCCCUCAGCGGGCUGCGGUAAAAUUAUCAAACGUUGACCGGUCCGCGGCGAUAAAAAGUUGGGGGACCACUGCCCUAAAGUAUUGAAAUGUGCUAGCCUAAUAGUAAUACACGUGGCUACCAUACAUGUCAAAACAUAUCAAAUAAAUAGAAGAGAAAUAUGUAAUAAAUUAGAUCCGAAUUUAAAAGUUAAUAAAAGCAUUCAAUACUUUAUUACUAAUACUACUAAUAUAGCUGAAUAUUUAAGUCAAAGUAGAUAAAGAUGAUGCAUAGACAUUAAGACAUAGACCAUUGAUGUCAGUUCAUUAGAAACACUUCAAAAGUAAAGGGAAGGGGAUUCCAUGAAUUUGAGAAGAAGUGAAAUAAAAGUGUCUAAUUUGUGACAAUUGUGGGAUGGGGUUUCAAAAAUACAGCCAAACUAGUAUGACUUCAUUUACGAAUGGCUCCAUGCCAUAACGUAUCCAUAUCAAGCACGACUCAGUAUAAUGUAUCAAUCAGAUGAGUGGGGUAAUUAAUUAUUUACUAAUUUUUUUACCACUCCCUCCUUGUCAACAAACUCAAGGAUCCUCCCUCCGCCAUGACAUUUUGUCAAGGGACACCCCCCACCCCCCCCCCAAUAAAAACCCCUUAUUUUAUAUAUAUAUAUCUUUAUAUAUAUCAUUAAUUCUAUAAUUGAUGCACUACUUUGAACUCUACAAGAUUCCAAUCACAUGCAUAACAAUUUUCAGCUUCCUCAGAGACAUUUUCCCAACUAUAUCAUAUCAUUUUGGUGAUUUUGGAUUUUCCAUCUCUAGCACUAAUCAAUCUAACACUGCAACUAAUGUCCUAAACAAACACAUUGAUAUUAUUGUAUAACUUCAAUUAACCUUUUUGACUGUAUGAUAUUACACACUUAACACUUACAUGUCUCUAAUUCUCACACUAGGAUAAGCUUAUUCUAUGAACAUAAUUUAUCCAGACUUUCCAUGUUACUCAACACUUGUCCUUAUUCCAUACCUGCAACUUUAUUGCUACUUCGCAAAUUUAUAGAACUAUCUACACACAUUAACUUUUUGUUUUUGUAAGAACUAAGUAUCUGUAAGUAAAUGAUUAAGAUUUUUAAAAUUAAAUACAGUACAGAGAAAUUUAUUAAUAUUAUUUUAAAGAUACCAGUAAUGCCUAAAAUAUUUGCAUGUUAUAUUGUUAAAGAAUAAUCUAUGUUGCUUAUUAUUUUUGUACUUUUGUUGAGGGACAGGGGUGCUCAGGAGCUUUUAAAUGAGUAGUGUUAUGGAAAUCGCUAUGAUUAUUUUACUGGUCUCCAUUUGGAAUUGGUAAUAAUUAGAUAAUCAUUUUUCUAAUAUAAGAUGUCAUAACCAAUUCAAUAAAAUGCAAAACAAAAUGAAUGUUACAAUAAAUCUAGAAAGGAUGUUAACUAAAAGUAAUGAAUCAAAUGCAUGGAAGCUUGAAUAAUGAUCAUAAAAAUAAUGAAUCAUUUAUUUUUCUCAUAUUCAUUAUACUUAAAUUUCAGAUUCCUGAAAUGUCCUCCCAAGCUCUGUCACAGGAUUGGCUGAAUACUUUUAUAUCAAGUUACAGCCUUCUCACUGAUGAAGAUAAAAACUUUGUUCUUGAUUCAAUAAUAGCUGCAUCUGGGGUGAGUUUAGAAUCUGGGACAGUUGUAGUAAUUUUACCACACAAGCCAAGAUUUCAAAUUUUUGUGGCCCUCUGCAAAGUUACAUUAUGCCCCACUGGUUGAUCUGGGCUCUAUUUAGAAUUAGAAUACACUUUAUAAUAUCUUGUGAAAUUGAAAUCAAAACAAUAUGAAUUAUACAUAACAUCAUUCAACUAGCUAAGCCUUAGAAACUGCUCUUACGUUGUAGUGCUACAAGAUGUAAGCAUUAAAGGGGCAAUGUUAAAAAGGAAUACAUUUAUAUUUCAGGUGAAUUGAGAUCCAUAUACACUUCAUUUAAUGCAAACAACUGUAAAGUAAUAAAUAUUAUUUUCCAUCUUCAGCCCAACCAGCUUUUCAUGUUGAGCACUAAACUAAAAGAUUUUGUCUUCAGAGAUUUCAUCAGCUUCCUACCUCCUGAGAUAGCAUUUCAAAUUCUUCAGUACAUUGAUGGCAAACAGUUACUUGUUUGCUGUCAGGUAAAUAAAUUUAUGGACUUUUUCCUAACUCUUUGAAGUCCAGUUUUUUUUUAAUGUUUUAAUGGUCAUCUUAGCAUGACAUAAACAGAGUAUUUAACUAAUACCCAUCAUAUUAUAUAUUUAAUUGCUCAGAAAUGAAUGGAGAUAUUUAUGUAAUUUGCGUACAAAUGAUUCUGUUGUUUUUUUCCCCAAUCAUGAUUGAUCUGUGAAAAUGGGUUUACAAUUUAGAGUAAGAAUGAAAAAAACCAACCUAUAGAAGAAAUAGUUUAAAAUUUAUUGGUAUUUGUUUUUCUUAACUAAAUAAAAAAUAAAUUAAAAAAAGGUUAGCUGUCUUCUAUGGUGACAAUGCCAGAUUUCUCUAUAGCUAGACUGCACAGAAUUAAACUUGUUAAAUUUUAAUAUAUUAUCAAAGCCCUCAUGAAUAUUUUAAUAUUUUUUUUUAAUGUUAGCCUGUAACUGUAAGCCAAAAAAUGUUAAAAAAUUUAAGUUAAACUGUUAAACAAUGAUCUGUAAAUAUCAGAUCAAUAAAGACAUAAUAUUAAUUUUGAAAACAUUUAAAAAUGGAAACUAUUGAUGUUAAAAUCUUUAAAAUUAUGAGCAGGUCUGCAAAUCUUGGAAUGAGAGAAUCAACAAUUCACAAAAGCUUUGGAGGAGCUUGGCUGAGAAUGAAGGAGCAGUUGUAGCAGAUAAAACUAAUGAUUUUGAAACAUUGUCAAAACCAGAGAAGAGAAACUAUACAUUUGACAGAAGCCAAUGUUACAAGAUACUUUAUAUGCACACAUUAUCUGUUCUGAAGGGUUUAAGCACAGGCCAUUCAAUCAGAAUUAAUGAAAACUACAUUGAAAAAGGAUCCUGGAGAAUCACGUCAGUAAAAUAUUUGUUUGGAAAUAUUGUAACAGGUAAAUUAAAUUAACACACAAAAAUGAAAAGAUUAGCGUAUGGAAAUUUUUAUCAAUAAUUAAAAUGAUAACUUUGGACUUAUGUGAGAUGCAGAGAAGUCAAAUUUAUUUCUUUGUCUUAGGUUGUGAUGAUCAUACAGUACAAGUCUGGUCUGUUCCUGAUGGUUUAUCUCUUAUAAUGGUCUCAACACACUCAGUUUCCUGCCUCACAAUGACAGACACACAUCUGUUUACUGCAUCCUUUAAUGCAAAUGCAGAGUCGUGGGAUCUUGCUACUGGAUACCAUUGUCAGACUUUUUGUGGUCACACAUCAGCUGUCAUUGCUAUUGAUGUGACGCCAGACAAGUGCUACUUAUUGACGGGUUCUGUGGAUAAAACUGCUAAGCUAUGGCAUCUGAAUAACGAUUCAUCCCUUCUAGUCAAAACAUUCAAUCUUCACGCAGACUGGGUUUUUCACGUGAAGUUUUUACCCAAUUUUAAUGACGACCUUCAUUUUCUGACCUGCGACUCAUUACUGGUCAACAUCCAGCUGGUCACUGUAAAUGGAGAUAUAAAAGCCUCAUAUCAUAUUCAUCUUUUUGAGACCUGUUCAAGAUUUACAUCAUUUUAUCACUCAAAACAUGAUCCUUAUCAACUUUACAUUUGUCAGUGGACUGAGGAGAAAAAAUCAUCUCAUUUAUCCUGCUACAAAAUAAGACCUAAAUUAAAUGUUGCUGAGAAAGAUUUCCACUUUCAAAUACCUUUAAGCUCCUUGAAAGCUUACUUACUCGGAGCUGGUCAAAAGUUUGCUGUGAUAAUGUGCUCUAUUUCUAGAAAAGACUUCCAUGUUGUUGACAUAAUUCGUAGAUCUGUAGUAGCAACCAUAACCACACCAGAUUUUUGUAUGUGAGUAAAUUUAAAUAAAUAAAAAAAUAAUUUAAAAAAGAAAAAAUAGCAAAUUUUCAAAUUGUAGUAAAAAAUUAAGUUAUAUUUUUUAAAUUGUUUAGGUUUACUUCAAUAUAUUUGCCAAUCAUCCAUUAUGUUACAUCACGUCAGGCUUAUUCAUUAGUGCUAAGUUGUGCAUUUGUUUUCAGCACCAAACCUUUUAAAAAUAUGAUUGCAUAAGCAAUGUUAAUAUUAAUAGUCUGUUUAAUUUAUUGAAAAAAAACACAAAAAAAAACAUAAAUUCAAAGAAUUCUUACGGAGACUAUAAUAAUAUUCUGUAAUCUUAUAAUAUAAUUCCCGGGUCGAUCUUGUCUGCCCCGCUCUCAUUGGCCGUGCUGCAUUCUAAUUUGCAAAACAACCUUCCAAGUCCGUGCAUCUAGAAUUAUUGUUAUAGAUUAUGCACCUCUUCCUGUAUCUUAAACAUGCAAUGUGGUUGUGCUGCCCUUGCUAGUUUCAGUACAAUUUUGGUUCAGAUUUACAUGAGUGGUAAAAAUGUUUUUAUUAGUUGUUUUUUUAGACCAUAGCUCAUUCAUUCACCACUUCUUAGAAGACUUAAGCAAGGUAAUGAGCUGCUCUAAGCUUCAUUUUCAUCUAAUAUUGAACUGCUUGUGAGAUGCAAACAGAGGUUUCAAGCAAUGAUGCAAUUUGGUAACAUACAAUGUAAAUUGUAUGUUAUAGAUAUCCUUUGAGAAACAACUGAAAAUUAUGUAGCCUACAGGAUAAUCAAAUCAGCAAGUUCCAAAACUAUGAACAUAUUACCACAGUCAUAAUACUUAGCAUGUGCGCAAGAAUAGGCUCAAACUAGCCAUUACAAAUUGAUACUACUAUUCACUUUAGAAAAGCUUAGAAUAUGUCAUACUCAAUGGAUCAGCAGUAUGGUUGCCUAGUUCAUUCUUACUUGGCUUUGAAAUUUUUAUUAACUAUUUCAGAAUAGAUAAUGAAGAAUCCACCAAAUUCAUUUCUUGGGACGAUAAGCUGAAUUUAUAACAAAUGAUUUAUAGAAUAAUGUCUGCUUUAAAAAAAAGACUAAAAUUUUUAUUAUUAACUCAUUAACAUACUUAAAUCAGUAUCUUAUCAGAAGUUUUUAUAUUUAGGCAAAUCAGACCUUGAUACUACCAAGAUAAGUGUUGUCGAAUUGUAAUGAUUUUCUGAAGCAUUUACUAAUUUUUUUAAAAAUAAACAUUUUAAAUAAUAAUUACAUUGAAGUUUAUUUUUUUUCCAUUAGGUUGACUCGAAAUGGCUCUUCUGUCACAUUGUGUAACACAAGCUGGUUGGAUGGCUUAAACUUUGGUGAAAUUAAUGAACAAACUCCUGUGUUUGCCGCAAGUGUGGGAAGAAACACUGUAAUUUUGGGCACAUGGACAAAGUGUGUUGGCAGUUUAACAGAAAAAGAUUAAGAAAGAAGAGGAGGCCUAUUAACUUGUUUAUCAAAUGUUAUCAAUUUUAGCAGUUAGUUUUUAUAUAAAGAAGAGAGCUGUGUAGAAUACAAAAUAAUCAUCCUUCCACUGAUAGUGGUCCAUGGCUUUUUGUCUGCAUGCACAGACCCCGGCACUGAUUGUAAAUCCAUAGUUUAAAAAAAACACAUUUAUUAAUUUAAGUUUCCUCAGCAAAUCUUACAAAGACUUAAUAAAAUUUGCUCUUAGUAAUUUUAUCUUUAUCAAGAAGAAAGUUAAAAACACUUUAAUGAAUUUUGUUCCCAUUAAAUCAUUAAGUUAAAUUACAUAACAAUUAAGUUUGUAUUUGUAUUUAUCUUUGUUUUAUAAGAAUAUUUAGACAAUUUUAAUUUAUCAACUAAUAUUUUGAUUAAAAGGACUUUGACUUUAUUUUUCAAAAAAAUCUAUCAGAAUUUGAUGAAAUGCCUUUGACAAUAAAUGUUUGAAAUAAAUGGUACAAAUAUAUCAUG